GCUGGCUCCACAGUGGAGGUUUCUUCAGGUUAUGGACUGUUAAUGUCUCUUCUAGAUAUCCUCUGUUGCAUAACGCUAUUGUCACUGUGACAAGCAAACAUGGACAAAUACAAGGUUAAGAGUUUAAUCCACAUAUAUGACACUGAAAAGAGUUAAUAUCUUGCAGGUUGUUGUUAAGGCUGGCUUAUUCCAGUCUGGACAGAUUAAUGUCUUUGGUCGGUCUGUCUACAACCCUGCAACAACGGGCUUCAAGCUGUGUAAGAAUAAUAAUCCCACAGCUUUAAUCUGCCUGAGUGGGAGGUGAUCCAAGCUUCGAUUCAGAGGCCAUCCAAGAACAUAGAAAUACAGAGAGGAACAGACCCUGUUUCUAUGAUGACCACAGGCAUGAGCGCUGCAGGCAUUCACAGAGGCUUCCUCAGGAAAUAUGGAGGCUUCAUGUUUAAGCAGUGGAAGGAGAGGUAUCUUGUGCUGACCAUGGAGGGAUCCCUGUUGGUGUGUCGGGAUGCAGAGUCCCCUCCAGACCAGGUGAUAGCUCUCCUCAACAACUGUGAGACCAUAGCAGAGGGACGAGAAAUUCUGGACCUGCCCAAGCUUCCUCCAGGGGGCAGGAGGGACUGCUGCUUCGCCCUCAUCCUGCAGCAGAACAAGUUCCUGCUGCUGCUCACCGACAACCCAGAGGACUGCAAUCUGUGGCUCAGCUUGAUCAGGAAAGUGAGAGAGGGUGUCAUGUCACCCCUGACCCUCCAGAGACAGCGCAGCAUAACUCCCUGCAUCACCGACAGAGACCCCCUCCCUGACUCCUCCAGUGAUAAAGACCCCGGGUCCCCCAGGGUGGGUGAGGGCACCCCUCCUUUGUCUCGGGUCACCGAGCGAGGAGGCUCCUUCAGAGAGAGAGGCCAAAGUCAAGCAGGUAGUGUAACACGGCGGUCCCUGCGUGGUUCUGUGCCCCCACCCCACCGUGUGUCAGAUUGUCUUCGUCAUGGCAACAGCAGCGAUGCCCGGGCGGUGAGGGCGGUGUGUCUGCUGAUGGGAGGAGCGGCCGCCUCCUCUGCUCUGGGCUACCUCAGCUCCUGCCCCCCCUCCUCUCCCCUCGCUGUAGGCAGAGCCCCAGAGAUGACCCACGGCACGGGGGCCUUCUCUGAGCUCUCUGCCGGAGGCUCGUUCCACGCCUGCAGCCAGGACGUGGACUCUCCACACUUCAACAGCUUCGACUUUGAAGGAGACUCUGACUUUGAUGCAUUUGACUGUGGAGGAUUUGCUUUCUAGUUUCGACUAUACAGAAACUAUUUAAAAGACAUUCCCUGUGUUGGUCGUCUUUCGAACGAGCAUUGUGAUCAAUUAAUCAGUCGACUGGUUAUCUAUACGUCUAAUUAAUGAAUGUGUCCCUCCUGGCGUUAUGCCCGUGCUCCUCAGGUAAAUAAUUCAUGAUUCUGACUCCUCUGAACACUGUCUGUCUGUGUUGAAUCACUCUUUCCAUGCUGCAGGAUGAAACAAGAAGCAGAAUAAUGAUUACAGCUGUGUGGAUAUUUAUGAGAACACUUUAAAGUCAGACCUUUAAGCAUUGUGUUUCUCCUCUCUUUGCUCAUCAUCACGUUCAUUUUGUACUUUUUUAAUAAUCCAGCCUCUGUAAAUACUUUCUCCUCAUCCAUUUGUCCUCUGUUUCAUUUCCUUCCUCUACAUUGAGGUCCAUUAAUCCCCCUAUAUUGCCCAUCAUGUGUGUCGUAUCUUACACAUAAUGCAGUGCUUAAGAUGUACUUUGAAUAAAUCCUGCUGUUACAAUGACUGUGCUUCUUUGUCUUGAUCAUCUGCUGUUUGUUGGCCAGCAGUGAGAGUCAGUGUGGACAGCAUGCCAUGGUUUUGAGAGGAGGGUUGAUGGAGCAGAUUUGCACAAGAGGCGGGUAUGCAGAGCCCAUGGCUCCAUGUGCUUAUCUCUGAUUUUGUCGCACAGCAAAUAUAAUCUCCUGGGUUUAUAGCUUAUGUGUUAGAUGUGCAUGUGUUUGUGUGCUCUCAGUUUUUUUCACCAGAGUGGGCUUCAUGUGCUCAGAUCAACAUCCUGCACCUGUAAUAAAACGCUGAGAGAAAACAAACUGAUGGGACAAAUGCAAAGGUCUCAUCAUCACUGAUUACAUUUGAUACACGGGAGUCCAAA